CAAGUUACUAACCAGUUAUUGACAAAUCGGAUAACCUGUACUUGUCAUUGUGAUGGCUGUGGUUGUUUGAUAGUUUCUAGUGUCAAAUUUAGGGCGUAGCGUUGGGAAAAUAGUAAGUCGGCCCUUUGUGAGUGGUGAGUGUGUUCAAUGAAGGAAGCUUCACCUCCCGUGUCAGCAAUGGCCACACCGACGAAUGGUAGUGGCAAUUUGGUCGACGAAUUCGAGGAAGCGUUUCAGCACUGCCUCAACGUCCUCACCAAAGAAGAGGCAGUCCCCAACUCCGACAAAGACGAAAUGAAAGUGGAAGUCGAGCAAACAACGCUCCGAUUCAUAGAUCUAGCGCGCCAAAUGGAGGCUUUCUUCCUCCAGAAGCGCUUCCUCCUCUCGGCUUUGAAGCCCGAGAUGAUCGUGAAAGAGGACAUCAACGAGUACCGACUCGAGCUGGCCCGAAAAGACGAACUCUUGAAGCGCCACUACGAGAAAAUCGCGGUUUGGCAGAACUUGUUGGCCGAUUUGCAGGGGUAUGCGAAGAGUCCGGCUCAAGGUAGCGCGACGCCGACGUUGAACAACGGGGGGUCCGUGCCGCCGUCGCCCAUGGGUUCCAUGUCCGGCAGCCAGACGCCCAAUCCCAUGAUGGUGUCCGGGAUGCCCAGCGCCAUGCAGCAGCAACUCCAGCAACAGCAGCUCCAGCAAAUGCAGCAACAGCAACAGAUGCAACAAAUGCAACAGCAACAAAUCCAACAGCUUCAACAACAGAUGCAGGUGCCCCCCGGGAUGACCGGCGGCGGCGUGGGUCCGGGCAUGGUGUCGCCGCAGCAAGCCAUGUUCAUGCAGCAGCAGGCCAUGGGCCCCCGCGGCCCUUUUUCCCAGCAAGGCCCCGGUGGGGUUCUCCAGGGUCCUCUGGCGUACCUUGAGAAAACUACGAGUAAUAUAGGCAUGACGGAUGGGCGAAGGUGACGCGGGCGCGGGAGGGGGCGAGGUAGAGGCAGGGGCAGAGGUAGAGGUCGUGGCCGCGGGUCUUUGCCAGAUUAUGUAUCCCCGUAAUGAUCCCCCUCCCGAAGUCAGGAUAUGACGUCGGUGGUAUCCUGACGCGGCUUGGCAUUCCAGCAGGGGACGUCCUAGCGGAUUUCUUUAUGUGUAUGUAGUUAGUGGUACACCUAGAUUAGAUUUUGAGCAACUUCUUCAUAAGCAAUGGUUAAAGACAUGUAGUGUCAUUUUUUCAGCCACUAAGUGGGCACUGUAAAAGUACAUUAAGGCUUGGAGUUUACGUGCACCAGGUUUUUGGUGGUCAAGGGGGUCGGCGCAUGCGUGUUGCGUUUGCAUAAAAGUCGAAGAGAAAGCAACCGGUGAACGGCGUUUUGAGCUGUCUGACUUUACUUGACCAUCAAGAAAAAAGAGCAAUACACGGUAUGAGUUUUUAUUAGAAUAAUAAGGUUUUUCAAAUGCCAAAUGAAAGUUCCAAAUCGAAAAAAGUGUACGUGGCAACGCUACAAAAAUAGAACCACUGACACUAUAAAGUUAGGUUAAGUUGUUUUUUCUCCGCAUUUUUACUAUUAGCAGCUGUGAAACCGAAACAGUCACAACGUAACCAGUAGAAAACCCAAGAAUUGCAUUUUUUACAACUAUAAAGCCACUUUAUUUGACAAAAUUACCCAAACCAACGACAUAAAAAAUAUAGACGGAACCACAAACCUAUAAAACAUAGAGCGUGAAAAACCGUAUUAUUCCAAUGAACAUCUCACGAAUUCUACAUCGUAAUUUUGAGCAUCUCAUGCAUCACCUUAAGCAAUAAACAAGCUGUUUUUAAAUGUAACGUUGUGUCUAAUGUUCCGACACCGGUAGCAAACUUUUUUAGUUAGCUGCCGGUACUGACUGUUUACACACAACGAAAAGAGAAUCAUUUGAAAUAGUGCCUCCAAUGUUUUCGAUUUGAAAAUGUAUAAGAACCAAAUCAGAAUUACUGUGGAUGAGAUAAUCAAAAUUUACUCGCUGCACUGAUAUUUAUCAACAGGGCAUUCGAUAUUUUCGUUUCGUAAUUUAAUAUUGAUAGUUAUUGAUAACUUGCAAAGAGCGAUAGAGCGCCAUCUUUAACCGGUCGGUCUAUAUAUUUGCUGAGUCGGUGUGACUCGAAGGAAUUGAAAGAAUAAAAUUGAUAUUUACUUGUCGCUAAUCUGUUGAAUUUCAAUGGAGUUAAGUGUUGCACUGCGCUUGUUGCUUUUGCACGUUUUCAGUAAUUUAAAGUAAUUUUAAGAGCAAAGUAAAAAUAAAAUUACCAUGUUGACCAAAGACGGAGCUAUUGUGUUGCAAUUGGUUUAAGUUUUUGAAUGGAAAAUCCCGCGUAACUAUGGCGUUUUCCAUCGUCACACCUUAGUGUAAUAAUACAAGAUAUCUAGUCUUUGAGCUACGAAAUUGCACCUUCCUAUGCGUAUUUCGAUGUCUGUGAUGAUCCGUUUCUAACCUCACUAGCAAUAUGUAUUUUUAAUCGUCGGUUUGUACUUAAUCGGUCUAAGUAAGUGCAAUAACUUUUUGGUCUACAUGGAAUUAACCAACUGCUAACUUAUAACCAAGCAACCAACACACCUAGCGAAUUUUGAAGCAAACUUGAGAAGAGUUGUGUAUCAUUUUCUUUUUCGUAAUGUGCUAUCUUGAGUUGUUUAAUAUGUAACGUUACCGAAUUUCAAAAUUGUGAUAUAAAUUAUUAAUAAUAAAACAAAUUAUACUCAAA